AGCAGCUCGAUCAAAGGCUUUGAUCGAGGCCAUUCUCUGCUUGAGUUAAGGCCUAACCACAAGCUCGGUCAGCAUGGUCAGUACUUGAUCAACCACUAGUCACAGAUCCCGCUACCAGCAGCAGGGCUAAUCAACCAUCAAUGAUCAAGCUUGGCGCAUGCAUCCAUCUGUUCCAAGCUGUAGCAAGAGAAAGCUCAUCAAGGUGCAUCAGGCUUCACGAUCAUCGCCUCGCACAGGGCUCUUCAAAGAAUCAGAAGGGAGGGAAAGGAAGGGCAGUAGCUAUAUCUGCAUCUGAGGAAUCGGUUGAUCAGGUUGAAACUCCGUCUCUGAUACGGCGCCGCAAGUCAGGCACGCACCUGUAGAUUCUGUGGGGCUUAGAACAGUAUCCUUGCCGUGAGUCCGGUUUCUUUGGAAGUCGGAAGCCGGAAACAGCAUGGCAUCGUUCGCUCAGGCCGCCUUGAAGCGAUUGAAGCCCUUGACGGAUGCAGCCAGCAAGGCUGGGAACCUCGCAUCAACGCAUGGUUCUUCUGCAUACAAGAGCAUGAUGGAAUCAAACAAGCAGUUUGUUGCGGACCCUGCAACGCCAGAAAAGGCAGCAGAGCUGACAAAGAAGGCUUUCUACACCCAACUAGCAACUAUCCCCCACCGGCAGAAGCUCUUCUGGAAGGACGUGGACACUGUCAAAAGUAAAUGGGCGCAUCGACAAGAUCUCUCCGUGCACGAGAUCGGCACCGCGGCGCUCUUCACUUUGGAAUUGUACGCUUGGUUUGUGGUCGGCGAGAUCAUUGGAAGAGGCGGGUCAUUGACUGGUUACAAGGUAUAGCCACACAAGUUUGACAUGCAUGCAAAGCAGCCCCAAGGGCAGGGAUCCGAUCUCAAUAAAGUUCUCUUACCAUCAAAACAAGAACCGUGACACCAAGCUCUUUGAGCAGUGGCUUCCUUUCAAACCCAUGGGCGCUGUGUUUUGCGCCUUGGUGAAUACCGCGGAUUCAUUUGAGUUGGCCGGGCCCUGUUCGUGAGAGUCCGUAUAAGGUUCUGAAGUUAUGAAGGAACAGUGGCCACUCUGAUUGGGUUUGCACCACCACAGUGAAACUUCCUGAUUUUCUUCAAAGUCUACCCCGCGUAAGGCAUUUUCGUGUGAACCGCGGAUUCACUCAUUCGACAAUUGAAGAGGUGAAUUGACC